UAAAUUACCUGAGUUUGACAACUUAAAUGGAAUGGAUAUCUUAACAUCUAAUGACGAAUUGGACAAUAUUCAGUUAUAUGAUUCAACUAUUGAAAUAAUAGGUUUUGUUGAUGGUAUAGAAGCUCCUCGUUAUGUAGGAGAUAAGCAGCAGUAUAAAAUUUUUAAAUUUUUCUUAAAUAACGGCAAUGGAAAACGUAUCCAAAUAAUGACCUGGAAUGAUGAAGUAGAUAAAGUGGAACCUCAUAUAAAAUUAAAUUACAUUAUUCAUUUAGACGGCGUACAAGCUCGUCCACCAAAAGCCAUUCAGUUUAAUAAUGGCAAUGUACCUUACGAACUACAAGUUCGUUCAAAUACAAUUGUUAAAAGUUUAGGAAAAUAUGAAUUAUUAUGUUCGUCAAAUGUUGAACCAGAAUGUGUUCAAUUUUUAGAUGUCUUAAACACGUCAACACGUGUCACCAUAGAAGGUUUCAUCAAGACAAAUUUUGCUCCAGUUUAUAACAAUAAGUUAAAUAAAUCAAUUGGUUGUGGAUCUCUGACGGAUGGCGAAUAUAAGUUAGAGAUUCACAUAAUGAAUUUUAACGAAGAAACUUAUUGUGAUCUUGAAUUAGUAAAAGGUGAUAAAAUUAAAAUGACUGGUAAAAUACAAACUACAGUUGACCCCCCAUAUUUUAUAGUGCAAAACUUAAAGGAUCUUUCAAAGAUAGAUGGACACAUGCCACUGAAAACAGUCAUAAAAGUCUUCCGUACUCUUCAAAAAAGAAGCGUAGAGAAUAAUUCGUUGCAACAGCACUCAAAUAAGAAAAGUAAACUGGAUUAAAAUAAUAUUCUUGGAUUAGAAGAAAUGAUGUUCUUGUUUAAAUGACAUAAAUAAUUGGAUUGGAUUCUUUAUAUUAAAAAAGUUUCUUUUGU